AUGUCCCACUGGUUGGCUAUCGACUGUGCCGCGAGGGAGCGGCGCGGGGCCGGCCGGCGCGCGUCCUCCGUCGUCCCGGCUCACGCCGCAGUCCGCGCUAGCUGCCGCCGGUGGCUCGUAGUCUCUCGCCGGAUAUUAUUAGACCGACUACGCGGAUACGCGGGCGGCAGAGCCAUGGCCGCCACCGCUCGCCGAGAGAUCGACACGGGCGAGGAAGACAUCGCCGCGAUCGCUAAACAAAUUUCGGAUCAUGCGGAAGCUAUCUACCAGACGUGGAAAGCGCGCGGCCUCGCCCCAACAGAGAUAUUGUCUUGCAGGCCCACGCCCGGCCUCAAACUGGCGGAGAGCUUGCGAACGAAGCCCAAACCGGAACCGAAGCCCGAAAUAAAGCAGCGGCCCGAAUUCCGGCGGGAACGUCCAGAGGUGAGGAGAGAGCAAAGAGACCCUAGACGCGAGCAGCGCGAACCAGAGGCGGAUGCGAUGAAUCUCCCUCCGGAUUUAGUGCCGGAACGUAACGGUUCGGGAGGUGCUGGGAAUUCGAGACGGAGCGACACAGCAGCAAUGCGACUUGAAGUGGCCCGUGAGGAGGAACGCCUCCUCAGGGCGCUUAGAACGGGUGGAGUGGUCGCAGAACGACCAGCGGAAAGACCCGAUGUCGUUCCUCCCAUUUCACUAGUAGAUUAUGCAAAGAGCCGUUACCAGGACCGUUUGGAUACUGGCGCAAGGAAACCAGCAGCUGGCGCAAGUGGUGAACGUAGAGCAUCUCUUGGCUCGCACGUGACAGAAGCCAGGUCUAAAUUUGAAGCUCGAGCGCGACGAGCUUCGAGCGCUAGUGCUGCAGAAUCUGGUUCUGCGCCGGGGCAGUCCCCCGUGAGACCUUUCCUGACCAGAGGGUCUGUGGCAGAACGAGUGCUUAUGUUCGAGCGUUGUCCCAGUGAAGCUACUUUGGAACUUGCAAAACGAAAGUCACCAGUUGCCACCACUUGGCGCGGACCCCACGAUGUUAUCAAUAGAGCUCAGGCCACUCUGCCUCUAGUCUCAUUUGGUGAUCCUAAUUUGGGCUGGAUCCGCCCCGCUAUGGUUCAAAGCAGGGUGGAAAGAUUGUUCACCUCUAUAGUACUGAAAAAUAGUGUUCCAAAUAUAACGUCGCGUUUGGCUGACGCCCAGCGUGGAACGGCUUGA